GAGAUCGAUUGAGAGAAAUCAAAAACACACAGAAAGAAUGAGUCAAGAGCGUAUUACAGAAACUAGGGUUAGGGCUAGUUCCGUCGACAACACAGAAGAGGUUCUUGAUGAUCUUGCGGAACCUAGGGCUAGUCCUAUCGACGACAAAGUAGGGAAGAAGAAGAGACAGAGGAAUCAAAAAGACGAGUCUCGUCCUAACAAGAAGAAUAAGAAGCAAGACUCGGUUCGUGAUAACGAUCUUGCUAUUCAGACAGAGAUCGUGGAGAUGUGGGAUUCACUCACGAACACCAACACUCCAAACCCUAACCCUACUAAGGCUGUCAUCGAUCGCGCCAAGAGGAAGGAAGACAACGACGAGAUCGCCAAACUCUUCCAAGUGAGAAAACGCAAGUCCGUGUGGCAGAAAACGAAAGCCGAGAUCGCGUUGCAAGUAGAACAAGUCAUGGCCAAUCUCGAACUCGCGGUAGAAGACGACGUGGAGCUCAACAAGCAAGGCAAGCCCGCGACCAACAAGCUCACCAAGCUCCCUAUCCUCGUCGGAGCUCUCUCCAAGAAACACCUCCAAGCCGAGUUCUUGGACCACGGAGUGCUCAGCCUCCUCAAGAACUGGCUCGAGCCUCUCCCGGACGGUAGCUUGCCGAACACGAACAUCCGCACCUCCGUCUUGCAGAUUCUCUACGAUCUAAGCAUCAUUAUAGACAAAGGAGAGGGGUGCAGAAGAGAGCAGCUGAUCAAGAGCGGUCUCGCCAAGGUGGUGAUGUUCUUGUCGAGGACGGACGAGGAGACUAGGGGUAACAGGAGGCUCGCUAACGACUUGGUCAACAGAUGGGGGCAUAUGAUUUACGAGAGGAGCACGAGGUACGAGGACAUGUUGAGCCAAGAGGAGAGGGAAGAGCAAGAGGAGGUGCUUUCCAGAAGAGAGAAGAAGAAGAAAGUUCCCGAAGCUAGAGUUGGAGAGUUUGAUGAGGAUGUUGACUUCUCUGUGGAAGAGAAACCAAAGGUGCCAGGUGGUAGAGUGGUGACGGUGGUGCCUACGGCGAUGGCGAUGGAGUUUGUGCUACGUCCUAGACCGAAAGUUGACGAGAGGCUCAAGGCUCGUGCGAAGAUGCACCUUGGUGGCGGAAGGUAUGAAAAUUUGAUGAAGAGAGUGAAGGAGAGGAAGGCGGUUAGGGAACAAUCUAUGCAUGCCUUGAAGCUUAGUGUUGACGGUCACUCCAAGCCUAAGUACUAGAAGACAUUGUUUCUAUGU